UUUCCUUUGCCUUCUGCAGCGGCGUUUGUGCCCAAACAGUAUCAUGCAUCUUAGUUGGCAAAUGGAAGAGCCGGCUCUCCUUGGGAAAUAUUUCUGAUCCCAAGACGCCCUCCUAAUGAGCUGAAGAUAAAGCAGAUUCAAAUUAUUGGGAAGAGGGGGGAGGCUUGCCUUUUUUGGAGGUGAUUUUUUUGCUUUCUUUUUCUCUCAUGCUCGGGGCGUACGAUGCUCUGGGUUUCGGGAUUAUUGAACACAGUUUGAUCCAAUGAUAGCUGGACAAGUCAGUAAGCCCUCGCUGUCAGCGCGGAGUGAAAUGAAUGCGGAGUUGAGAGGUGAGGACAAGGCUGCUACUUCAGACAGCGAGCUGAAUGAGCCCCUGCUUGCGCCUGUGGAAUCAAAUGACAGCGAGGACACUCCCAGCAAGCUCUUCGGUCUGAGAAAUGACCUCACAGGAAGUGUGGAUCAGACAUUAAUGGUCAAACAAGGGGCCAGAGGAAACCCGGCUCUAUCAGACCCAGGCACUCCUGACCAACACCAGGCCAGUCAGAACCACCCCCCUUUCCCGGUUGGGCCGCAGCCACUUCUGACAGCACAACAGUUAGCCUCGGCUGUCGCUGGCGUGAUGCCGGGAGGCACGCCGGCCCUCAACCAGCCCAUCCUCAUCCCCUUCAACAUGGCCGGACAGCUAGGAGGACAGCAAGGACUGGUCCUCACGUUGCCUACCGCGAAUCUCACCAACAUCCAAGGGCUGGUAGCAGCCGCUGCAGCCGGAGGCAUAAUGACUCUACCAUUGCAAAAUCUACAAGCUACCUCAUCCCUGAACUCCCAGCUCCAGCAGCUCCAGCAGCUCCAGCAGCUCCAGCCGCCGCCGCCGCCGCCGCCGCCCGCGGGCCAGCACCAGCCGCCCGGGCCGCACGCGCCCCCGCAGCCCCCGCAGCCGCAGCCCCAGCCCGCCCCGCCCCAGCAGCCGCCUCCCGCCUCCCAGCAGCCGCCGGCUCCGCCCGCUCAGCCCCAGCAGCCCCACCCCCAUCCCCAGAACCAGAACCAGAACCAGAACCAACCGUCUCCAACUCAGCAGAGUGCAAGCCCCCCUCAGAAACCCAGCCAGUCUCCGGGACAUGGCCUUCCGUCGCCGCUCACGCCACCCAAUCCUCUGCAGCUGGUUAAUAAUCCACUAGCAAGUCAGGCUGCUGCAGCAGCCGCCAUGGGCUCCAUAGCAAGUUCACAAGCCUUUGGCAAUGCUCUCUCCAGUCUUCAGGGGGUCACGGGUCAACUAGUUACUAAUGCACAAGGACAGAUUAUUGGGACCAUCCCUCUGAUGCCGAAUCCGGGACCAUCGAGUCAAGCAGCGAGUGGCACUCAGGGCCUGCAAGUGCAACCCAUCACCCCCCAGCUCCUGACCAACGCCCAGGGCCAGAUCAUUGCCACAGUCAUCGGGAACCAGAUCCUGCCAGUGAUCAACACCCAGGGCAUCACGCUCUCACCCAUCAAGCCCGGCCAGCAGCUCCACCAACCCUCCCAGACGUCAGUGGGUCAAGCAGCCUCCCAAGGCAGCCUUCUGCACCUGGCUCACAGCCAAGCAUCCAUGUCUCAAAGCCCCGUCCGCCAGGCUUCCUCUUCUUCCUCUUCAUCCUCCUCUUCCUCAGCUUUGAGCGUGGGCCAGUUAGUCAGCAAUCCUCAAACGGCAGCGGGUGAGGUGGAUGGGGUUAAUCUGGAGGAGAUCCGAGAAUUUGCCAAAGCUUUUAAAAUCCGGCGCCUGUCCCUUGGCCUGACGCAGACUCAGGUGGGACAGGCUCUCAGUGCUACCGAGGGCCCCGCGUACAGCCAGUCGGCCAUCUGCAGACACACCAUCCUGAGAAGCCACUUUUUCCUACCACAGGAAGCCCAAGAGAACACUAUAGCUAGCAGUCUGACAGCCAAACUGAACCCUGGCCUUUUGUAUCCUGCCAGGUUUGAAAAGCUGGACAUCACCCCUAAAAGUGCCCAGAAGAUCAAGCCGGUGCUUGAGCGGUGGAUGGCUGAGGCUGAGGCCCGCCACCGAGCAGGUGUGCAGAACCUGACCGAGUUUAUCGGGAGUGAGCCGUCCAAAAAGCGCAAGAGGCGCACCUCCUUCACACCCCAGGCCCUUGAGAUCCUCAAUGCCCACUUUGAGAAGAACACACACCCCUCGGGGCAGGAAAUGACCGAGAUUGCCGAGAAGCUGAACUAUGACCGGGAGGUAGUUAGAGUUUGGUUCUGCAAUAAGAGGCAAGCCCUGAAGAACACCAUUAAGCGCUUAAAACAGCACGAGCCGGCCACGGCGGUCCCCCUGGAGCCCCUGACGGACUCCCUGGAGGAAAACUCCUAAACGGACGCCCCCGCCCGAAGCAGAAGCAGACCCAGCAGGACCUUCCAGCUCCGCCCUCGGACUCCGCAGCUCAGAAUUCGGGAGAACAAUUAUCACUAAGAAUAAAACGUUGGGACUAAAAUCGAAAGAGAGCCCCAGUCGUCAGUCACCCUUGUAAGUAAAAAGACUAAGAAAACUACCAAGCGGACAGAAUGGUUUAUACGUGUCCGUGGGUUUUCCAAAAAGUUAGAAAAAACAAAAAACAAACAAACAAACAAACAAACAAUUUUUGAAAAUUUUUAACAAGGCGCACACCAUACCUGCUGGUGUGUGCAGUAGCAUAGUCCCCUGGCCCUACCCGUCCCUGAAGCCAAUUUUCUAAAGGACUUAAACCAAAUAACCACAAACUUUUUUUGUGUAUAUUAUGAAAAUGUGAACACAUUUUAAGGAAAAAGAAAAACAACCAAACAAAAAAAAAAAAAAAAAAAAAAAUACAAACGGAAAAAAAAAAAAAAAAAAGGAAAGAAAGAAAGAAUGGAAGACCCAACAACCAACAAGAACUUGUACCUGUUCAAAGCAAACACAAGCCUGCCACCUGGAGGAGGAACUCCGUUCUUUCAGGUUCCAAGUGCUGAUUUCACUCUGAAACCCUAUUAACCAAAGUCAGAAACAUGGCAUUGCAAACGCGAUCUCCUUGGUCUACUCCUCUGCAUGUAAAGUUGUGUUACAAAUUUUUACAUUUGUACUUAAAGGAAAAUUAAGAAGCCUGAUUUCUCCCGUCUUACCCAUCUCUGUCCCCACCUGCGGGGUGGGUGCCAUUGUUGAAGCCAUUCUCUGAGGCUCACUGUUGGUUUUCAUUUGGGGUGAGGGGGUUCUUUUUUCUUUGUCUUGGUUUUGUUUUUUUGGGGGGGAGGGGGCGGAGGAAGGGGACGUCCUGGAUCGUGUGCCAAAGCAUCCACUGCUUUCUUCUCACUAUGACUUGUGGGUAUGAGAAAAGAAAAUGGAGCUCGCAUUUCCCAUUCUUCCUCCAUAUCUCCAUCUCCCUCGGUGCAGCCUCCAGGGUCUGCUGGAGGGCCACAGAGUGGGAACGGUGUCUUUUCCACUCCGAUCCCAGUGAAAUGCAGGAGAGACUCCGAAAUAACUAGGGCUUUGCUUGAUGGACUGUCAACACUGGCAUAAGCCGUCGUUAUACUCACUGUCUACACCAGAGCUUGGGAUUUUUCUCAGUCUGUUGGCCACGUACAUGGAGAGCUGACCAAAACUAAUUUUGUAAUAUAAACAUAAACUGCACAUUUGGUUCAAUACUUACAUCUAUGUUAUGCUUCUGUGCAAAGCAAUUUCUCUCAGAAGUCUGAUAGCCAAAGAAAUGUCUCAAGAUUUCAGUCAAAACACACACAUAGCAUGCACACACCCAUAUGCACACACACAAAGACAACAGGCCAAAAAGAAAGGGAUGGUAAGUGGAUCAUUAGAGGCCAUCAUGCAUCCUGCAAAUCCCAUCUUUUCUGCUACUCUUGUCAUUCCAAUAGGGAUGGCAGACUUUUUUCAGUGGGGGGAGCCAUUGUUUUUGGGAUAUGUAUAUAGAGAAAGCAGAAAGUUGGAGGACGGAUUUAAACAAUUAGGCUGGGGGGUUGAGUUCUUGAGGGGAAGAGAAGUUGUAACAGUGAAGCACCUCCACUACAAGGAAAAUUCUAGAAGGAGCUUCUCUAAUACAUCAGAGUAGCCUUCACCAUUAAAACUAGGGGAUUAGUUCAGGUUUCAAGAUAACUGACUCCAAAGGUCUGUGGGCCAAAAUCGCCCAAUAAGCCAGAGGGGAUGAGAUGUGAGGACGGCUGGGCAGGUGGCCACGCAGAGCCCACAGCUGCUCUUUCCCGCGGGGCCACGUGCAAUGUGUUUAGGCAAAAGGAACCACCAAUCCGCCUGCUGUCUAGAUGCAAAUAUUCCCGAGUAAUUACUUCUAAUCAUGCUCACGUACUCGCUAGAAGUGAACUGUGAAAGAAAAAAAAAAAAAAAAAACCUCAAGUUGCCCAACUGAACAGAAAUGUCCUUUUCUUCCCCUAGCACGCUCCCUUACCCAUGGAGUGUGAAUGGGCCCCUUUGCUGCCAGUGUCAGUGCGAUGGUAGGACUGUCCCCACUCUAUCCCCUACCCCCCACUCCGGAGGGUCCCUGUGCCAAGCAGGAGACCACCAUCAAGGAAACUCAAAAAGAAAUCCUGCAAGUGGAAUCAUUUGCUUGUAAAGGCAUCUCCAUUCUGCCAGUCUGAGGCUAACUGGACCACAGCUAACUUGAUCUUCAAUGCCAACAAGGUCAUGGUACCCAUUUCUCCACCUCCAAAACUGCACACAAAGACCGACAACCCAGAAAUCCAAAAAUGUAUCGAUUAGACAGAUUUUGUAUUCUCCUAGGACCUGCUCCAAAUUCCAUCAAGAAAAGCUCCCCAGGAAGAGAAGUUAACAAGAGGACAUAUGAUGGAUGUUAAAUGUUUAAACAUACGCCAGCAGCAGUUACAUAAGGCCUGCUCAGUUCGGAGAUCUAUAAUUGGGAGGGUAUAACUAGGACAGUGAAAAUAUAAAAUAAAAGCAAUCUUCCAGAGUGGAAUAAAAAAGGAAUAUAUUCAUCCCACAGUCGUAAAACCAUUCAUGUGCAGUGCUUUUUUUUAUAGUUUUAUAAUUUUGUAUUGUUUUAUAAAUUAUUUAUAAGGUGUUGUAAUGCUUCUUAUAUUAAUUUUUUACAGAUGAAUUUUUUGCUACAAGGCAUAAAAAGGUGCCUGAACAAAUUCUUAGGAAUAUAAAUUAUACUGUGUGACUUGUAAGUCUUCGGGACCUCACCUACUGCUUAAUUUUAUUAUGACAUUUCUUAUUUCCACUUGUAAACAACUUUGUCUCUGCCAGUAUCUCUUAAGUGUCUUUUACAUUUCCAUGAACUGAAGGAUAAGGUUGCCACUAACAAAAAAAUAAAAGCCACUUCAGGCAUACGUGAUUGUAUUUCAAGCUUCAAUAUUUUUCUUACGUAGUCUUUAAUCAUGUCAUCCUCAUUUCCUUUCUUGUUUGAUAAAAAAGAGAAAGGACUGAUUCAACUUCACCCUUGUUUGUGGGCUUUUUUUUUUUUUCCAACCAAAAACCAUUUUGAACAACUGAGAGUUUUAAUUGCAUUGCAAGGUUUUGGUUUCUAUAUGUUGUAAUCACACACCCAUCACAUGCAUACACACACACACACACACACACACCCCACAAAAGAGAGAACAAAAAAGCAAAAGGAGCUAGGAAAAAAGAAAACCAAGUAGAGGCGUAUCAAAGAACUCAAGCUAUAACCAAAAAGAAAUUGUAAAAUGCCUUUGCUCAUCUUCUCUACGCUGGACCAAAGCUCAAUGUAGGUAUAUGCACAUUGUACAGAUAUGGCUUAAAUGUUGCUGACAAUCUCGCAAUACUAAACUGUUCCUAUUUUAAGAAAAAAAAAAAGAAAUACAAACUGUUCAUCAAUGUUUUACCUCAGCACUCUACUUGUACCCAGUUAAUGACCAAGCUUAAAGAAAUGGAGAAAAAAGAAAUUGAUUUUCAUUUUAAUGUUUGAGUGUAAAAUCUGUUUGGAUAACAUUUUGUAACGAGCUUUUCGUCAUGUGGUUUGCUUGUCUUCAACUUGAAAUUAUGUGAGGCACAUUUGUUUUAUUUGUUGUUGAGAAAGUGAUUUUUUUUUCUUUUUGUCCUACGUGCUGUGAUCUAGACUGGUCCCCAGGGUCACUAAUGAGGCCCCACAGACAGCUGCCUACUCCCCCCACAUUGGGGAGGGGGCAGCAGGAAGGAGGGCAGGAAAACAGACUGGGUUAUUUUGGAAAAAAAAAAAUCAUCAUGAUGAGAAGUUGACAUGAUGGACUUGUGACCAAGAAGCCAAACUUGAUAUUUAAAAGCUCCUUACUUGCUCUGACAUUGAAACCAAAGCUGAUUUAUCUGCACAGGUUGCUUAACGUUUAAAAAAAAAAAAAAACUGACAAAACUGUACUUAAUCUAGAGCAAUAUCUGUAUGGUCAGUAAAGCUGCACUUUGUGUAUUUCUUAACAGCUUCAGAUCUGUCACUUUUAAUUUGUACCAUAAAAAAUAAAGAAUUGUUUGACAUGA